UUUGUAUUAUUUGUACUGUUUAUUGGUUUAUUACUUGUUCCGUGCUUUAAUUCCUUAUUCUAUAGUUAAAUAUCAAUUCAAUGUUUAUGUUUUUUCGAAUAAUUUGAACGAACAUUAGUGUUUCAAGAUGGAAUCAUGGUUCGUGAAAGUAGAACCUUUUUGUGCGGACGAUUUAACGCAAAUGGCUCCUGCAGGGCACAUUGAAUCUACAGCCCCAGCAGCGGACAACAUGCAUGACAUUGAGCUGGCGGUUGUGGUGAAAGAAGAGCCUCAAGAAGUGAACAUAGAGUUUGAGGACCCGAGGGAGGCAAUAGGGGUAGGAGAGAGAGAGGGUGUUCAGCCUCGUGAAGGUGCCAUGCGGCCUGAAGAACAGGUAAACGAUGAGAAAACUACUUACGAGUGUGACACUUGCGAAGCCUUGUUCAGUCACAGACGUAGUCUAAUCCGUCAUCUACGCCGCAGCCACAACCUGCUUGUCGAACAAGACCCUUUACAUCACAUUGGGGCCAAAUCAUAUGCCUGCGAAAUAUGCGCGAAGGUUUUCAAGCAUCCAAGCAAAUUAAAAGAGCACUUGCAAAUACAUUCCGCCGAGAAACAUUUCGUAUGCCAGAUUUGCCACGCGCAGUUCGCAACGUCGAGGUAUUUAACGAAACACGAGCGAAUCCAUCCUGAAAAAAACCCAUACGGUUGCAAUAUAUGCAAAAAGCGCUUUAAUACUGGAAGCUCUUUAAAGAAACAUGAGCGGAUGCACGCGGGAGUUAAACCGUAUUUUUGUGAAAUAUGUCAAAUAGAAUUCUCGCAUAUGAGCACUUUAGUAGCGCAUGAACGGAUUCAUAAUGGGGAGAAAGCAUAUAAGUGCGAUAUGUGCGAGAUGUUGUUUCCUUCAUUAAGCUCUUUGCAUAAACAUAAACGAUGUCACAAGGAGAAACUAUCCUGCAGUGUUUGCGAAAAAAACUUUAUACAUUUGCGGAAUUUGGAGGAACAUUCACGAAUACACACUGGGGAAAAGCCUUACGAGUGUGACGUGUGUAAAAAGGAAUUUACACAACUAGUUUACUUAAGGAGACAUAAACGUACUCAUACCGAAGAUAGACCGCAUGUUUGCGGCAUAUGUCAUUUAAAGUUCAGAGAAUUAAGUAAUUUAAAGAAACAUGAACAGAUUCAUACUGGGGUGAAGCCGUUCCAAUGUGGAUUUUGCAAAAGAUUGUUCAGAGCAUCGAGCAGUUUAAAGAAUCAUAUUAGAACACACACUGGUGAAAAACCAUACAGCUGUGGCACAUGUAAUAAGAACUUUAGGGUAUUUAGUAACUUGAAGAAACAUGAAAGAGUUCACACUGGUGAAAGACCAUAUUCGUGCGAGAUAUGUCAGCAGGAUUUCGCAGACUCCUGUCACUUGAGAAGGCAUGAAAAAAUUCAUAAUGCAGAAACGAGGUAGUUUGAUGUUAUGUGUACUGAAUAUUUAAUUUUACUGAAUAGAAACAUUAUAUAUUUAGCAAUAAUAAUAUUCAUCUGUGGAAUAAAAAUGUAGUAAAGCAA